AUGAUUAUUUUAAUUCUUGUUCUUGUGAUUUCUAGUAAUGAACAACAACGUAUGCUUAAUAUGACUUCAUCAUCUUCCUUAAGUUUAGAUACUUUAGUUAAACAUGAUGAUGAAGAAGAAUGGUUGACAAUUGAUGAAAAAGAUACUAAAUUGAAUUACAAUGAUACAUUUGAAAAUGAUGAGUUUGCUCCGAUAAAAAGUUCUCAACUAACAGAAAAAGAGAUUGCAACAGCUCUCGUCAUGUUGAAAGCCCGACAUAAACUUUCGAAUAUUUGUCUGAAACAUAUAUGUUAUCUUUUACGUUUAUUAAAAGUUCCCAAUGCUCCAAAAAGUUAUUCUCGAAUUAUGCGUAUUUUUCAUCGUGAAACUCAGACAAGUGAUAAAUCAACAAUUAUUAACAUUUGUAAUGAGUGCAAUGAAACCUGCACAACUGCUAUUCAUUGUGAUAAUGUUGAAUGUAGUCAACAUGAGUAUUUUAAAAAAACUCCUUUAAAAUUCGUACAUAUGCCUAUUUUACCACAAAUUCGAAACAUUCUUGCUCGUACACAAUAUUUAAAUUUUGAACGUCAAAAUCAAUCCACAUACACAAUCGAUGUUAUGAAAGAUAUUACUGAUGGAGCAGCAUAUGGUCGAAUUUUAUUAGAACAAUCACAAACAAAAUUUAUAUCUCUAUUAAUGAAUAUUGAUGGAAUUCAGAUAGCUAAAAGCUCGAAUGCAUCUUUAUGGGUGAUAAGUUUUGUUGUUAAUGAACUUAAGCGUGAUGAAAGAUUUAAAAUGAAAAAUAUUAUAAUUGCCGGAGUAUCGUCCGGUAAAACAAAACCAUCACGAGAUCAAAUGUACACUAUACUUACUCCUAUUGUAAAAGAACUGAAAGAGUUAGAAAAUGGAAGAUAUUUUGAUUUAAAAGCAUCCAAUGGUGAUCUUGAACCACUUCGAGUGUUUCUGUUAGCAGCUUGCUUAGACAAGCCAGCGCAAGCGAUUACUCAAAAUUUAAAUGAACCUAUUGGAGCGUAUGGCUGUGGUCGCUGUGAAUUGGCUGGUCAAACGGUUCAUAUCGAUGAAGGCUCAAAGAAUAAGAUUAGAGUAUUUCCGUUGUUACCUCAAAUACAAAUUCAACCUCGUCUUCGAUCAAAUUUUACACAUGAUGAAAUUGUUAAUAUUGACGAAAAUGAUAAACCUGAUGAUAAAGAACAAUUACGUGAUAUGAUGAGAGGUCAUGUUGGUCCAUGUGUAUUAAGACCUCUAAAAUAUUUUGAUGUCGGUCAUAGUUUUUUAUCGGAUACACUUCAUAAUGUGUAUCACGGUGUCAUGCAUUUAAAUCCUCUUUAUCCACAAAGAACACUAACAGGUUCAAUUCAUGCUACUCGACGUCAUGGUACUGAAAUUGAAAACAACAUUCGAAUACUACGUGAAGCAUGCAUUGAAGCUGAACAAUCUGACUUUAAUCUUUCAUUACGCAACUUUAUAGAAAAUAUACACAGAACUAAACGAACAGUUAUAUGUGAUUCUCAAUUAGAAACUAUUAAAACUCAAGUACGUGUUUGUACUCGAGAUGCUGAUCCUGUUGCAUUAAAGCAAAUACAAGAAUCAAUAAACAAUAAUAAUAUUGAACUAUUUAAAACAUGCUAUGUUGGCUCUAAUCGGUUUACUACUUCAUCAAGUCAUGAAGCAUCCAAAUUUACCGAUUCUUGUAUCUUAUUUGUUGUUAAUUGUAAAUUACGAUUAGGUUUCAUACGUCGUAUUAUUCGUAUCAACUGCACAAAAGAAUGUCCGUACUUAUGUCAAGUGCAACCAGUAACCAUUAACUCAUAUCUUGAUAUUAAUAUAAAUGGAGAUAUUAUAACUUGCAAAAACGUUCUUUUUGGUAAUUUAGAAUCGUGCAACAUGUACAUGUACAUCAAACCGGAACAAAUUAUUGAGAAAAUUAUUCAUGUAUUUGAAAAACAGUCAAAACAAUAUAUAUUUUUUCGAUUUCCAAAUUUAGUUGAAUCUUCAUAA